AGCCGAGGAAACAGCCCUGAGCAGGCGGUGGCUCCACUGGAGGCAAGCACACCCGGGUCUCACAUUAAAGAAGCCAAACUGUCUGCUUCAAAGAGAAAAGGCAACAUCCUGUCGCAGGCCAUGCUCUGGCAAAAACCCACAGCUCCAGAGCAAGCCCCGGCCCCACCCCGGCCGUACCAGGGCGUGCGGGUGAAGGAGCCAGUGAAGGAGCUGCUGCGGAGGAAACGUGGCCAUGCCAGCAGCGGGCCGCCAGUGGCACCGACCGCGGUGGUGCUGCCCCAUCAGCCCCUGGCGACCUACACCACAGUAGGUCCUUCCUGCCUUGACAUGGAGGUCUCUGCUUCCACAGUGACGGAGGAGGGGGCCCUGUGUGCCGGCUGGCUCUCCCAGCCCGCCCCGGCCACCCUCCAGCCCCUGGCCCCAUGGGCACCCUAUACGGAAUAUGUGUCCCAUGAGGCUGUCAGCUGCCCCUACUCAGCUGACAUGUAUGUGCAGCCCGUGUGCCCCAGCUACACGGUCGUGGGACCCUCCUCGGUGCUGACCUACGCCUCCCAGCCGCUCAUCACCAAUGUCACGACGAGAAGUGCUGCCACACCCACAGUGGGACCCCAGCUGGAGGGCCCAGAGCACCAGGCACCUCUCACCUAUUUCCCGUGGCCUCAGCCCCUGUCCACGCUGCCCACCUCCACCCUGCAGUACCAGCCUCCAGCCCCAGCCCUGCCGGGGCCCCAGUUUGUCCAGCUCCCUAUCUCUAUCCCGGAGCCAGUCCUUCAGGACGUGGAAGACCCCAGGAGAGCCAUCAGUUCCCUGACCAUCGAUAAGCUGCUUUUGGAGGAAGAGGAUAGCGAUACCUACGCGCUCAACCACACGCUUUCCGUGGAAGGCUUUUAGGGCUGGCUCCCACCCGAGCAUCCUGUCCCCUGAAACUGGGAUUUGAAAAUGAGCCUG